AUGAAACUUCCACCGCAUCGCUUGAUUCAAUCCUGCAAGACGAGGUGGAACUCAGUCAGUGAUAUGUUUGCCCGGCUUGUGGAACAAAGGUGGGCAGUGACUGCGGUACUGUCAGAGCGCACUGUCACCAAGUUAGCGGACGCCAGAAUCCUUGAGCUUAAAGACGAAUACUGGCAGCUGAUGGAAGACGUGGCACCUGUGUUGGCAGCAUUAAAGUGUGCCACGACUGUAAUGUCUACAGAAUCUGAAGUGUCUAUUUCAAACAUCUACCCUAUCACUUUCGGCCUCUUACAGUCGCAUCUUAUGAGAAAUGAAGAGGACAGCACUCGGGUUUCGGAGUUCAAAGAAAAAGUGCGUAACUCAUUGACGCAAAGAAUGCAGGUUCACUCCGAUGAACUACCAUCAAAACCAGCCAUGAUCGCAACGAUGCUGGAUGCCAGACACAAGAACCUGGUCUUUUUAAUGUCAUCCGAGAAGAGACUGACUGCCAACGCAAAGCUGCGCGAAUUGGCAUCCGCAGUGGAUCCGAUCGGGUCAGAAAAUGCAAAUACGGUUACUGAAAAUGCGCCGGAGGUCGAUGCUAGAUGUGACAACGGGAAAAGUGCCCUUCGUAUGCUGCUUGGGGAUCAUUAUAACGAGAAGUGCAUCAACGACUCUGAAAACGAAGUGAACAACUUUCUUAGAGAACAGCCUCCUUCACUUGACACAAGUGCUCUAGAUUGGUGGAAAGCCAAUGCCUCCAGAUUUCCCAGAUUGUCUCGGCUGGCAAAAGGGUAUUUAAGCAUACCUGGAACAUCUGUUCCAUCAGAACGCGUGUUUUCGGCAGCUGGCCUGACCGUCAACAGACUUCGCACGAGACUAACCCCGGAGAAUGUUAAUAUGUUGAACUUUUUAAACAAAAACCAGUGA